AUGAAAGAACGAAUAUUAGCUGAAACAACAUCUAUAACAAAAAUUUAUGAUGAGGAAAUAGUGAAAGCGAAUGUUUCAAAAGGUGCAACGGCAAUAAUACCAACUAUUGUUGAGUAUAGAUUACCAGUUGCAUUUUGUCUUCUACCAAAUAAACGUGGCAAAACAUACCUUGAAUUAUUUGAACGAUUAAAAGAACAAGCAAUUGUGAUGGGAAAACAAUUUAAUCCGAAACGUAUCAUUACAGAUUAUGAACCUGGUUUGCUGCCAGUCAUACAACAAGAGUUUCCAUCUGCUAUCCAUUCUGGUUGUAUGUUCCAUUUCCAUCAAGCGAUACACAGAAAAAUUACAAACUUAGGUUUAGCAAAUGAUUAUUUGCAUAAUGAAUCUAUUCGUGAUCAAUGUCGUCAAAUCAUGGCGUUAAGUCUUAUGCCGAUCAACGAAGUAGAAAGUCAGUUUCAACGUUUAGAAACGAUUACGUCAACGUCAUUAGGUGAUCUACUACUAUAUUUUAAACAUCAAUGGGUACAUGGUGUUGUUCCAAUUCAAAUGUGGAAUUUUUUUGAUGUUCAUCAUCGAACAAAUAACACCUCAGAAGGUCAGAAUACUGCAGCUUUCCGUCUGUUGUGUUUCGAAUCACUGCACUUUAUUAUUUAUAUUUUAGCUUACAACCUUAGAUUUGCAAGCCGGUUAUCGAAAAAGCAUCCGAAUAUUUGGAGCUUUAUACAACUGAUCCAAAGCGAACAUGUUCGUUUUGAACAUAUAUUAACUCAACUAGAGGCUGGUGCUUCUGCACCGAAACAAUCGAAAAAAACCAAAGCUUUUCAAACGAGAUUUGAUACUCUACGGGAAAGAUUUCUCCAACAGCAAAUUAACACAAAUGAACAUUUAUCAGGUUUAUCAUUGUUGAUUGGGAAGAAAAAAAUAACAUUUUAUGCUAUAUUAUGA